AUGGCGGCGCCCGUGCGGCUGCUGUCGGCGCUCCGGGCCCGGGGUUUCCGCCCCCCCGGGGGAGGGGGUCCGGCCCGGGGGUCGCCCGCCGCCGGGGGAGGGGGUCCGGCCCGGGGGUCGCCCGCCGCCGGGGGAGGGGGUCCGAGCGCCCGCAGCGUCCGCCGCUCCUUCCUCCGCUUCUUCAGGGAGCGGCAGCGGCACCGGGAGGUCCGCUCGGCCCCCGUCACCCCCCGGGCUGACCCCAGCCUCCUGUUCGUCAACGCGGGGAUGAACCAGUUUAAGCCCCUGAUCCUGGGCAGUGUGGACCCCCGCAGUGAGAUGGCCGGCUACCAGCGGGUGGUCAACAGCCAGAAAUGCCUGCGUGCCGGCGGCAAACACAACGACCUGGACGACGUGGGCCGCGACCUCCACCACCACACCUUCUUCGAGAUGCUCGGCAACUGGUCCUUCGGGGACUUCUUCAAGGAGGAGGCGUGCUCCAUGGCGUGGGAGCUGCUGACGGACGUGUACGGGAUCCCCCGCGACCGGCUGUACGUCACCUACUUCGGGGGGGACGCAGUGGCUGGGCUGGCGGCUGACGAGGAGACGCGAGACGUCUGGCUCAGCCUGGGACUGCCCCCGGACCGAGUGCUGCCCUUCGGGCUGAGCAGCAACUUCUGGGAGAUGGGGGAAACAGGACCCUGCGGACCCUGCACCGAGAUCCACUACGACCACGGCCUGGGGCAGGGAGCAGCCGCCCAGGUCAACACCGGCAACCCAGCCGUGGUGGAGCUCUGGAACCUGGUCUUCAUGCAGUACCACAGGGAAGUGGACUCGAGCCUGCAGCCUCUGCCCCAGCACAGCGUUGACACCGGGAUGGGCCUGGAGCGACUGGUGGCGGUUCUCCAGGGGACCACCUCCAACUACGACACUGACCUCUUCGCCCCCAUUCUGGACGCCAUUCACCGGGGGUCGGGGGCUCCUCGCUACGGUGGGCUGGUGGGGUCGAGCGAGGCCGCCUAUGUGGACAUGGCAUACCGCGUGCUGGCUGACCACGCCCGCGCACUGACCGUCUGCAUCGCUGACGGGCUGUACCCAGGGAUGUCCGGUGCUCCGUUGGUUCUGCGUCGGAUCCUCCGCCGGGCGCUGAGGUUCUCCACUGAGGUCCUGCGAGCCCCGGCUGGACUCCUCGCCGCCCUGGUGCCCAGUGUGGUGGAGACUCUGGGAGACGCCUACCCAGAGCUGAAGCACGAUGUUACCCAGAUCAUGGACGUCAUCAGCGAGGGGGAGGCUGACUUCCUGUCCUCCCUGCACCGGGGCCGACGGGUCAUCGACAGAACCCUGGACAAGAUGGCCGCCGGGCAGAGCUUCCCAGCGGACGUGGCCUGGUCCCUCCAUCGCAGCCUGGGCUUCCCCCUCGACCUGAUCGGCCUGAUGCUGGGGGAGAAAUCCGUCACCAUGGACACAGAGGGCCUGGACCGGUUGGCCCGGGAGGAGGCAGAGCGGUCCCGUGGACCCCAGCCGACAGACACCAAGGCUGAGCCGGCCCUGGACCUCCGCACCCUGCAGCAGCUUCACCGGGCCGGGGUCCCCCCCACCGACGACUCCCCCAAAUACUCCUACAGCCUGGAUCCACGCGGACAGUACGCGUUCCCCCGAUGCCGGGCUGCCGUCCUCGCCCUGAUCCUGGGCCGCAGGCUGGUGCAGGAGGUGGGGCCCGGCCAGCGGUGUUGUGUCGUCCUGGACCGGACCAACUUCUACAGCGAGCAGGGCGGACAGAGCCCCGACUGCGGCUUCCUCACCAGGGACGGGCAGCAGGAUGUCCUGCUCCCGGUCCUGGACGUACAGGCGGUUGGGGGAUUUGUCGUUCACACGGUCUCCGUCCCAGAGUCGCUGUGUGUUGGGGACCAACUGGAGCUGUUCGUGGAUGAGGCCCAGCGUCUCAGCUGCAUGGUGAAGCACACGGCCACCCACCUGCUGAACGCGGCCCUGCGCCGGGUGCUGGGUCCGCAGACCGAGCAGAGGGGCUCGCAUGUCGCGGCCGACAGGCUGCGCCUGGACAUCAGCAUCAAGGGACCGAUCACGGACCCACAGCUGGGGGAGGUGGAGGCUGCGGUGGGGGAGCUGAUCAGGAGGGACGAGGAGGUGUUCACUGCCGAGCUGCCCCUGAGCCAGGCCCUGGAGAUCCCGGGCCUCCGCACCGUCGAUGAGAUUUACCCGGACCCUGUUCGUGUUGUCUCUGUCGGGACCCCUGUAGAACAGCUACAGUCUUCAGACCACACCCGGUACACCUCUGUGGAGCUCUGCUGUGGAACGCACCUGUUCCGGACAGGACUGAUCCAGGAUCUGGCCAUUGUCUCCGAGAGGCAACUGGGAAAGGGAAUGAGCCGACUGAUCGCCCUGACAGGACAGGAAGCCAAGCAGGCUCGAGUGACGGGUAGUGCCCUGUGUGAAGAGGUGGACUCCCUGUCGGCACGGACACGGGCUGCCACCACGUCGCUGACGGAUGCCCGGAGGCUUGGCAAGGACAUCGGCCGGCUGACCGACGUGGUUGAUGGGGCGACGAUGCCUCAGCGGGAACGCCGGCAGUUCCAGCACCAACUCCGCGCCCUGCAGCGGGCGGCCAACACCCGCGUCCGCAAGCUGGAGGAGCGAGAGGCGGCUGACUGUCUCCGUGUUCUCCUGGCGCAGUCACCAGACCGGAGCUUGGUGGUGGACACCGUCCCGGAGCAGCCCAUCAGUGUGCUGGGGAAGAUGGUGAAGCUGCUGUCAGCUGGGUCUCCGAGCUGCUCUGUGAUGUUGCUGAGCCCCCAGCCCGGGGGGAAGGUUCUGUGUGUGUGUCGGGUCCCCCAGGAUCUGCGGAGCACCCUGUCUGCGGUGGACUGGGCCCUGGCCGUCUGUGCGGGGAUGGGCGGGAGUGCCGGAGGCACCGACCUCGUCGCCAAGGGCACCGGGAGCAGCUCCGACCUGGAGGAAGUUAUCCAGAGGGCUGAGCGGUACGCCAGGAGCCGAAUGUAAAUGUUGGAGGGCUGCUGGUGAGGAGGGUCUGUCCCUCCCUCACCGCUGCACCAACCAGCCCGCUGUGGAAUGUGUGGACUUGUCCUGGCCGUGAAUGGCUCUGGUGAAGGGGUUUCAUUCUCUGCACGAGUGGCAGAGGUUGGCGGUGACUGGGCUGUGGGGAGGGCACUGCUGUUCAGGUGACAGCUCUCUGGACUCUGGUCCCCCCUGUGGGUCACACUCUGUGGUACACCUGGGGGUGAACAGCUCCCCUGUGGUGGGAGGCAGAUUCCCGAGGGGUGGAAUUGACAAUUGGGACCCAGCUAGCUGUGGACAUGAGCACGAGGACUUAUUUUGGACCCAGGAUUCCUGGGGACUCUGCCUGCAACCGGUCCGUGGGUGAGCACAGCACCCUGGAUCCUGUUGCCACUCCCACUCCAGCCAUGCCUGGUGUGGGCCCAGACACGUGUUCAGUUCUCCUUGCUGCCAUGUCCAGCCUUCAUGGGGGUGAGCAUGGCAGCAAGGAGGGUGCCUGUGCCAGGUGACCCUGCCCCUUGCUGGCUGGGCCCAGGGGUGGUGAUGUGGGCUGUCUCUGACCAGUGUGGAGUAUUGCAAUACUGCGAGCAGAGCAACAGAUGAUUUGAGAUUUCUUUUGUGCAAAUUAAAGUUUUGUGUGAAUUCA